CUUUGACUGCCAUCUUCAGCGGACACAUUGCAAAACCCAAAUUUUGAAAAAUAGAUUUAAACAUUUCAAACUUAUUCGAAAUUUAAAAUGAAUUGGUUUCUGUUAAUAUCGGGUUUGGUGACUUCGUAUCUUUGCGUUGUAGAAGGAUACGGCGAUAAAACAAAUAUAGACGAAUAUCCUUGGUUGGUCCUGAUCGAGUACCCUAAGGACAACACUGUCUCACUUUCUUGCGGAGGGAGUCUCAUCAGCGAUCGAUAUGUGCUCACAGCUACAUAUUGUGUUGUUGGCCCAAUAACAAAAAUUUCGCCUCCCCGCAAUGUGCGUCUAGGCGAAUAUGACAAAUCAAACGAGGUAGACCAGCCAGACUGUGUAACAUCCACCGACGAAGGCGCUUCUGAUUGUAAUGAUGGCGCUAUCGUAAUACCUAUUGAAAAAAUCAUCGCACAUCCGGAGUACAACCCUGAAGAUACGAAGACUAGGAAACAUGAUAUUGCUUUGAUACGUAUGAGUAAAUCGGCGCCUUACACCGAUUUUAUCCGUCCAAUCAGCCUACCUACAUCCGACAUAACUUUAUCACCGCCUUCCGGCCUGCAGCUGAUUGAGGCCGGUUGGGCCACUGCCUAUUCUCGUGAUAAACCUAGUGACGUGAAGGUGGCCGUGAAACUGCCGUUUGUGCCACUAUCUGAAUGCCAAACCGCAUACAAUAAUAAAGCCGAACUCUGGCAGGGUCAAAUAUGCGCUGGAGGUAAGGAAGGCAAGUACUCCUGCAUUGGAGACGGAGGAGGUCCUCUCGUGUGGGAGAAUUCUAAACCUGACGGAAGCAAGGUCUUUGAAAUUGUGGGUAUUGUCAGCUUUGGUAUGUGUAGAAAGGAGAAUGUGCCUUAUGUUUAUACCAAGGUGUACGAUUAUAAUUCUUGGAUCCGUGAGACUAUUAAGUCUUAAAAUUUUAAUAUUGAGAUUUAACUAAAUUUAAACUGUCCUGACUACGAUUAUUUUGGAAUUUUUACAGUUUCACUUUAUUAAGCAAAACUUGCUUAGUGGAAUACAAUGACACUUUGAUUUAUUAACAGACAAUUUACGAACUAUUUGGAGAACAACAACUUGUUAUCUCAAUCCUAACAUGGGUUUAGAUCAUUAGUUGUACUUACGCCACCAUCCAUAUCAUCAUUUUAUGAGUAUUAUUAUAUUUUCAUUUUCUGUAAUAGCUUACAAUAUUUGUAAAACUUGAUGUUUGUAAUUUAUUUACAUUGCAACUGCUUUUUCAACACGAUUUUAUCAGGCUGGGUGAGAGCCUGGAGAUCUGUCACACAGGUUAGUUCCUAGGAUAGACUCCAGUCUCUUGCAAAGGUACUCUAAUACUUAAGCAUUUUCAUAUAAAUUACAUUAUAAAACUUUGUACCCUUUGUAUAGAGAAAAAUAAAGAUUAUUAUUAUUAUUAUUUGUCGUAUUACACAGGCGUGUCGCUUACUACCAGACGUACCACUUGUUUGUACCAUUACUGGGCAUCAUAUAAAAAAAUAAAUAAAAAAGACGGAAUUUCGAUUCGUCUCUCUAAAAAGCUAUCAAGACCGAUUCUCGCUUAAGAAACAAAAUGUCUAUGUCACCGUAGAGAAAUGUCAAAAAGAAACCACAAUAAUGAAUAUUGUUACGUGCAGUAAUUUCAAUUUCUUAUUGUAGAAUUAGUCAAAAGCAAGAAUUUAAUGUAAUUUUGUUGAAAUUUCUUUUCGUUGCACUCCUAUUUGUAGUUAGUACUUAAUAUUUUGUGUGUUUUGUUUCCUGUUUACUUUUUUUACUAUUUACAUUUUGUAUUAUUAAGUAUACAGAUAAGUUUUUUAAACAAGAAACCACAGACAUGUAAAGAAACCAUUUCCACAUGCUGUAUCAUAGUCUGUUGUUUUUUCUCAAAUAAUUUUUUCGUUGUGUCACUCUAAACUAUGUUAAUGAGAGUAAAUUGAAAAAAGUAAUGGUGAUCUAUGGCAACAACACAAACUAUGGUGCUGGGUAAUACUGAAUUUUGUGUCUUGUAUUUUGAUAUGUAAGCUUUUGAGACGACUUGAGAUUAAUAAAAU